AUGGCUCGUCCAGUUAAAAAAGGUGCUGGUGGACCAAUUACCUUAUUACCAGACAUUCCAUACAAGAAAACAGAAGCGACAUUUAGAAUGAACAAAGAGAACGAUAUUGACGUUGGGGACAACUUAAUGAUUAUGAAUAUCGCAUCAUCAGCGGUAGGAACAACUUGUGCAGAACUUAUCGCAGGAGAUCGAAUAACGAAGAUCAACGGUCAACCAGUGAAAACAAAAGCCGAAGCGGUUGCAGCGUUAAAAUCUGCAUUGGGUAGCGAUAUAAAAGUCGAAUUGUUGCGUCGUCAAUUUACAAAACCACUUACAUUGGAUCGGGCGAAAAAGAUCGGUUUGUCGCGUCUGGAUGGAUUUACUUACUUCUUACUCACUUGUGUAAAAGAAUCCAGCGAUCCUGUGUCGUCAUUUGGAUUCACAUUAAAAUUACUAAAAAAUCGAGCUCAUGUUAUUGCUUUGGAUCCGAAAGGUAUCGCUUCAAUUUAUUUCUGCAUUGGUGAUGCAUUGCUGGAUUUGGAUGGUAUACCGAUUCCAUUCAAUGAUAUUGAGUUUGUACGCGGAUAUACGCAAAAAUUCAACAAGAAUAAUCGAUUUACUGUCGUCAUCGAACGUCCUCUGUCACAACAGGCACUUUUCACGUAUAAUAUGUUGUUUAAAUUAAUGCUUCCACAAGAAUCUGACGUCGAAAUGGGUCCUGAUGCAGUGCUUAUUGGGAAGGAAGCCGCUAAUAUGCAUCGAAUGGUAUUUAGACGAUUGAAACCGAAAAGUGUGUACGGGCCCAGAGCUGACAAGCGUGGUGCUGAACCUACCUUAAAGACGUUGGAUGUGUCGGAUAGAGCGAAAAACAUACGUGUUGCGUCGAGCGCAAUGGAGCUGAAAAUAGCAUCAGAUAUCGAUGAUGAAGAUGAAUUGAAGCCAGUAGAUAGAAAGAGUCAUGCAUUGUUCGAUGACUUCUAA